UUAUCAAGAUUUCAGCAUGCACCUCCUGCAGGGAACAUAAAAAGUUUGAAAAGCAACUUUGCAUUGACAAAUGAUGUGUUCGAAGUGUUAUCAUGGUGGAAUUUUCAUAUGAGACAUGCUGCUUUCCCUCAGGUCCUCCAUGAGCCCUUGAUUGAUGAGGACCCCGUGUUCAUUACCACAUGUACAGAGAGGGAGCUGCGCAAGAGGAAGAAGAGAAAGUUCAGCCUGUGGGUGCGACAGUGCAGCUCCACUGGUUUCAUCUGUCAGAUCUAUGUCCAUCUGAAAGAGGGUCCAGGUCCAGAUGGUUUAGACACGUUGAAAAAUAAACCCCAGCUUCACAGUCUGGUGGCCAAGCAGCUCUGUCAGAAUCUGGCUGGCCGUAAUGCAAUCAUCUUCACUGGCCCAAGCAUCACAAGUCUAAACUUGUUUCAGGAGUUUGAAAAACAGGGCAUCUACUGCUGCGGGUUGUUGAGCACCAGGAAGAGCGAUUGCACAGGUCUUCCUCAGUCAAUGCUGAUCAAUACCGAGUCUCCUCAGCAACGUGGCCAGUCUCACAUUAAGAUGAGAGGAAAUUUGUCAAUAAUCAACUGGUACAACAAAGGCAACUUCAGGUUCCUCACAAAUGCCUACCCUCCCACUAAAGAAGGGGUGAUCAUUAAGAGGAAGAGUGGAGAAAUCCCAUGCCCCCUUGCUGUGGAGGCCUUUGCUGCGCACCUCAGUUACAUCUGCAAAUAUGAUGACAAGUACAGCAAGUACUUCAUUUUCCACAAGCCUAAUAAGACCUGGCAACAGGUGUUUUGGCUGACCAUCAGCAUCACCAUCAACAAUGCCUAUAUUCUUUACAAGAUGUCAGACGCCUACCACGUCAAACGCUACAGCCGGGCACAGUUCGGCGAGAGGCUGGUUAAGGAGCUCCUGGAGAUGGAUGACUGCUCACCCACUCAGUGAAAGAAACCGCAUGCUGUCUCAAACCCACCCAUACUAACAUACUCAUACACACUUGCUUUCUACACUUCAUGGUCAUUAUGAGUGAACUGACCCUCUGCAUAAGACUAAAUGUGCCAAGUUUGUUUGACAAAGGGACAUUUGCCAUUUAAACUCACUUUUAAGAUCCCAUUUGAUACUACAGGACUAAUGUACAUAUCUCACUGUAACACUUACUGCAUGAGAAACACGGAAAUGUGCCCUUUGUAGAUGUGCAAUGAUUUUACCAUUAAUAGUGUUGUCAUAGUUGUGAACCCCAAGGUACAAUGUUUGUGAGCAGCAUAUCCAACAUUCAGCACUGAUAAAUAUACUGUAUAUACCCUGUGAUUGAGGUGUUUUAUCAGCAAAAUGAGAAUGUAAUGCAAUUCACACAUUAAAUCACAGAAAUUCGUAUAUAUGUUCUCCAAAAUACCUGGGCUUUUUUCUAUUUUCUAUCACUUAAUAUUUAGGAUCUUUAUGACUCUUGUUUUUUUUUUCUUUUUAAAGGCAACAACAUUAGUGACACAGAUGACACUGGAGGUGAAUUGUGGCAACACUACUGUGCUUCUCAGUCGUUUUUGCACUCAGAAGUAGCGGUCAGGAUUCAUAAAAGUCUCCAAAGUAGGAUUUGCAGAUUUUAAAUAAUGUUCCCAAUAAUAGAUUUCCCAUCAAAUCUGUAUUCAAUAUAACAUAUUAACUCCUUUACCUGUCUUUUAUUAAUAUCCAGAUCCUUUGUUCAAUUAUGAUGAAAGUAGGAAAAGGGCCCAAUAUACAGUAGUAUACCAAAAAAUUAUGUAAAUAUUAUUUCUAAUAAUUAAUUUAUAUAUUUUUAUUAUGUGUCAUUUUAAAUUGAUUAUCUAGGGGCAUG